AUGGGCUGCGGAGGUUCAAAAAAAGACGUCAAAGCUCCAGAGAAUAUUUCUCUGGAAAAAACAACAAAGAGUGCUGAUAAUGCCAAGACUAUUCCAAGCAUAAAACUCUCAAUCCCCCCUUCAAAUUGGAAUAAAAAUUCUGUCCAAUUUAAGGAUUAAUUUUUUUAAAAUUUUUCAUAAUAAAUAAUUUUUUAAAAAAAAUAUUAAUUGAACAAUUUAAUAAAAAUAUUCACUUUUUAAUUUAGAAUUAAUUAAAAAAUAAUUAUUUUAAGAUAUCAACUAUUUUAAAUAGCAUUCUAUUUGCUUCCCUCAUUUAAAUUAAUUAAAAAUAAAUAUUAGAAAAUCAGUAUUUGCCUAUAAAAUUUUUAAUUGAAAAAAAAAGCCUUUAAAGGACAUAAUUAAAAUUCGCCGAUAUUUUGUUACAAUUUAAAAGUUGGGGAGUCAGAAAAUAUUGAAAAUCCAACAGUUGCUUCAUUUUUCCAUCAAGCAACUAAUACAAUUUGUUAUGUAGUUGCCUGCCCAAAGACCAAAAAAUGUGCAGUGUUUGAUUCUGUGUUAGAUUAUGACCCAGUUUCCUUAAAAACAUCAACUGUUCAUGCAGAUGGAGUGAUUGCUUAUAUUAUUGAAAAUAAUUUUGAGGUAAAUUAUAUCAUUGAUACCCAUGUCCAUGCCGAUCACUUAACAGGUUCAAAAAUAUUAAAAGAAAAGUAUUCUAUUAAUCUUACUAAAAUCAUUUAAUUGCUUCUAAAAAUAACUUAAUCUUGAUUAGUCCUAUUAUAAUAUUAAUAAAUAUUGAUAACCAGUUUUUCUAAAACAGCAUAUCCUAAUGCUAAAGUUUGUAUAUACCAUUAAUAAAGACUGAUCAUUAUAGAAAAACCUUAAAUUCAUAUAAAUUAUUUUGAUAUUCAAACAUUUAUAAAUAUAUAGGUUUCAAUGUAACUACAGUUCAAAAAGUCUUCCAAAGAAUCUUAAACUUGCUAGACCUUAAAACUGAUGGCUCACAGUUUGAUAAACUUAUAAAAGAUAAUGAAGAAAUCCCAUUAGGUGAUCUAAAAAUAAGAGGAAUUUACACACCUGGGCACACUCCUGCAUGUAUGAGUUAUGUGGUAGGGGAUUCUUUGUUUACUGGCGAUACCAUAUUUAUGCCAGAUUUCGGGACUGCCCGUUGUGAUUUUCCUGGUGGUUCUGCUGACACUUUAUAUGACUCAAUACAAAAACUCUUUGGGCUACCUGACAAUUUUAGAGUAUUUGUGGGGCAUGAUUAUGGGACAAAGUCCAGAAAAGAAGCAUGGGAAACCACAAUGGUAGAAGAAAAGCUGCAUAACUUGCAUUUAAAUAGCAAUACUCCUAGAGAACAAUUUGUCAAGUGGAGAAGCGACAGAGAUGCAACUUUAGAGCUCCCGAAACUUAUAAUGCAGUCUAUACAGCUAAAUUUAAGGGCAGGUAAUUUCCCUCCUCCAGAGGAAAAUGGCACCUCGUAUUUCAAGCUUCCUAUUAAUCCUAAAUUUUAA